AUGUCGUCCUCAGGCCCCACCCUUGCGCAGAUCGAAGUUGUAGAUAUCGUCCUCACGAUCGUAGCUGCCAUUGUCACAUCCUUCCGCUUGUGUCUUCGUACGCGGCAGCGUCGUCUGUGGAUCGACGACAUGUGGGCGGCCCUCGGCAUGGUAUUCAUCUUCAUGUUAUUAAUUGCCGAUUGCUUGUAUCUGCAAGACUACGGUGAGGAUCUCCCCAGUGUCUAUGGCGCAUGCAUCUUGCUGAAGAAACGCAGAAAGAGACGCUACAAAUACCACAUCAGGAUUGCCCAGUUCUUUUACGCAGUCGUAUGGUCAUCGAGGCUAUCCAUAUUGUUUACCGUUGUACGACUCACAGUCCCGGGAACUUCUAUCAGGAAGACUCUUAUAUCCAUCGCCAUUACCUUCGGCGUUGUAUGGGCCCUACUUUUUUCACAAGUGUGGUGGGUUUGUGAAACUGAGCCCGGCUGGAAAAGACUCCCACAUCCGCAGUGCGAUCUCGGCAGAAGUGUCGCGAUAGCGCAGAUAAUCACCGACGUUCUAGGAGACGCUGUCCUCAUCUUCGCUCCAUUCUCCCUCAUCUACAGAGUCAGAUUGUCAAGCCCGCAAAAAAUCCGGGUACUAACCGUCUUCUCCGCAUCGACGAUAACCACCAUCGUCAGUCUCGCCCAUGCGUAUUACAUCUUCUCUGGUGGAGGGACAAAGGAGGUCAUGGCUGCUAUAGUCGAGGCUUCUGUGUCUCUAAUCGUCGCUAACUUGAGCGUCGUCGUCGCUUUCUUCUUCCAUUUGAGUGCAGAAGAGAAUUCGACUCCGGGGUCCAUCGUAACUUUCGGAUCACUGCCUAAGAGGCGCGUUCGGGACCCUCUCGCUACGACUAUUUCAGGUAUUGAAAGUACCCCGAUCGUACUGGAGGACCUCUCUGAGCCGCAUCCCCGUUCUCUCAAGACACGAGACGACGAUGAGAUUACUUUGAGCAUCAAGGAGGGAAGACAGACGAAGCCGGAUGACUUGUGUUAG